AUGCCCACGACCAAGGCGGUGUUUACCUCAGUAAACAGAGCGUCCGCCCCAUGUGUUGAGGCUACAGUCCUCACUGCAGGCGCUGCAGAGUCAACUGCACCUUUCACCACAAACAGACUACCAGCAACAACCACUGCAGAUCAUUCUACAGCAACCACUCAAUUUACUCCAACCUCUACCAAUGACAAUACUGCUACAUCUUUGUUCACUACGACAAAUACUCCACUUCCACUAACUACCCAGGAAACAUCUGCCACAGUGAUGUCCUCAACGGUGGAACCACAAUCUACAUCUGAGGUAACUGAGACAACCAUAGGAACACCACAUUCAUCAGAGUCAACUGCACCUUUCACCACAAGUGGAGUACCAGCAACAACCACCACAGAUCAUUCUACAAUAACCACUCAAUUUACUCCAACCUCUACCAAUGACAAUACUGCUACAUCUUUGUUCACUACGACAAAUACUCCACUUCCACUAACUACCCAGGAAACAUCUGCCACAGUGAUGUCCUCAACGGUGGAACCACAAUCUACAUCUGAGGUAACUGAGACAUGCAAUUACUCCACUUCCAGCAAAUACGCAGGAAACAUCUGCCACACUGGUAUCCCCAACAAUGGAACCACAAUCUACAUCUACGCAACAACAACCACAGAUCAUUCUACUGCAACCACUCAAUUUACUCCAACCUCUGCCAGUGACAAUACUGACACACCUCUAUUCAUGGAACCACAAUCUACAUCUGAGGUAACUGAGACAAACAUAGGAACACCACAAUCAUCAGAGUCAACUACACCUUUCACCACAAGCGUACUACCAGCAACAACCACCACAGAUCAUUCUACUGCAGCCACUCGACUUACUCCAACCUCUACCAAUGACAAUACUGAUACACCUUACGACAAUUACUCCACUUCCAAUAACUACCCAGGAAACAUCUGCCACAGUGAUGUCCUCAACAGUGAAACCACAAUCUACAUCGGAGGUAACUGGGACAACCAUAGAAACACCACAAUCAUCAGAGUCAACUGGACCUUUCACCGCAAGUGGACAACCAGCAACGACCGACACAGAUCAUUCUACUGCAACCACUCAAUUUACUCCAACCACUACCACUGA